AUGACAAAAUAUUUUGCUUUAGAUAUGGAUAAAACAUUUUAUAUCGAAGAUUCCAAGAAAUUUAGGAAGAAUAUCGAUACUUUCAUCGAGUUGAAUAGAAGGUGUAUAGUUCCUUUCUUUUGCACAGGCCGAUCUUAUCAUUCUGCGAUGAAUUUGGUGGGCAAUGAGUUUGUGAAUAAGACCGGUUAUAUGGGUUACCCCGGUGUUUAUUCAAACGGAGCCGUGGUAUACGGACCCGAUGGAAGUCUUAUAAGCCACUCGUAUUUUUUAAAAGAUUUUAUUCAAAAAUUUGUAAAAUAUAUCACUGAUAACAAUCUUUGCGGUCAAACGAUAUUUGGUGAUACAGAAAUGUCAUAUUCAAUUGCCGAGUUGGAUAAUGACUUUAAAGACUAUCCUAAACAAAAAAACAUUACCGCUUUUGAAAUAAUCAGCCCAAAUGAAGUCAUAAAUAAAAAAAUAACAAGCAUCCACAUAAAUAAGCAUGUUCAAAUCGAUGAAUUAAGUGAUAAAUUUACAACAAAAGUAUGUGCAAACGAAACAACCUUUCACAUUUCGCCAAAAGGAAUAACAAAAGCAUUUGGGGUUAAAAUGCUACUUCACAGUAUAGGAUUGACGCCCAAAGAGUGUUUAUUUAUUGGCAAUGGUGAAAACGAUAUUGAACUACUAGAGUUUUGUGGAUCAUCAUAUGCAGUUGGCAAUGCAAAUGAUGAUGUAAAAAAGGCAGCCAAAACAGUUUUAAAGGAAGAUUACGACAAGGGAGCGUUUCAGAAGGCAGCCAGACUGAUUUCAAGAUUCCUAGGAAACCAUGACAACAUAUCGAAGUUAUUUGAACAGUUAAAAGAAGCUAAAACCAGAAAAGAAUUGUUAAAUUUUAAAUUUAAUAUAAACACAAGCCAAAGACUCAAUCAAGUAAAUGGUUUUUGUCAUGUUGGUCCGUUAAAGCUUAAAGAAACAAGUAAUAAUUUAAAAUGUGUAGACAACGAGCCCAAAUACACUUCAAAUAUUACAUCGUUAUUGGAUAAUACACACAAUCACACAGCUUAUAAAGCAAAUAAAAAUGUAAUUAUCGAUUGCUUUGAAGAUUUGGCACUGUUGAGAAGUAAAAAACAAGACUUAGCCCUGUUUCUAUUAGAGUCUUUGAAUGUAGUUUUAAAUGACUUGGAAUUUGAAGAGGUAUGUAGAUUGCUUAAACACAUAUGUAACCUGAAGUUAAACGACACUAGUGUAGAUUGCAAGAUACAAACGCUGUAUAAAAACUUGCUAACAAGAGUAAAUUAUCUAGUGACUCAGAUGCUUUCAGACAUGAGAGGAGUAGUCAAGAUUGACGGUCUCCCUAAAUAUUCAAAGGACUAUGAAAGUAAUGGCACUAAUAAAGACCUGGUAACAGAUUUAAAAGGCUCUAAGCACUUGGAUGAAACGUGGAAACUGUGGUACAAUUUAACGAAGAAAGGGGAUGCGAAGGCCAGAAACACGUGCACACUCCUGCUAUCACUACUGGAAUUGGAAACUGGAUGGAUAUUUAAAUCGGAUAUAAGAAGAGUCUGUAGAACACUGGACGCUAUAGUGGGAGAAUGCGAAUCAUUUAGUAAAUUGGAAGAAAGGUGUAUUUUAAAACUGGUAAAACGGUUAGGAUGGCUACUAUUAAAUGAAACAAUAAAUGGAAAUGAAAAGCAAUACAUAAAGAACAAUAAUAUAACUCCAAUACACCUAAAGAAAUUGUUUUGUAACAUCGCAAAGAUAUCGAAGAUAUCGCCAAAAGUAUUAGUGAAUUCAUUUAAGCUGAGUAACACAUCACAAUCAUUUGGUAAUCUAAUAGCAAUAUCGAGAAGAGUGUUUGAAAGUGAAGGGGCUAAGCUCAAAACAGUAGAAGAAGAUUACGAAAAUGAGUCACGAUUCGUUUCAGAAGAGGUGACUAAACGCAUAAAUGAGUUGAAUUUUAAGUCUAAUAAGCUAUUUCUGAAGAUAUUUGCAUAUAGUGUCGAUAUAAUAAAGUUUAUAGACUAUUUGUUAAUGGACCAGUUAAAUGAAGAAGAGGAAUUUGAGGAAAGAUACAAAGGAAUAAGUGGAUUAAAAAGUGAACUAAUAAGAUUUUCAGAAGAAAUACUGUCAAAAGUACAAGUAAAAAGUGAAGAUUUGAUAAUAUCUGAAUGUAGAAGCAUGUAUUAUCUGGCGCUUACAACAUCACUAAACAGAUGCGGAAUAGAUAAUAAAACACAAGAUUUGAGUAAAAACACGGAAACAAUGAUUAAGAGUGUAAAUAAUAACAUGAACAUGCCGAGUGAAUGGGAUCCAGGUGACACGAGAAAGAGCGUAUGUGCUAGUGAUGUAAAUAAGAUGACCACAAAAUAUGUACAAUAUCUACUGUACGCGGAUAAAGUGAUUAGUUUCAUUGAUGAAUUAAGACUAGAUUUAGAAAAAAUUAAUGACACAUAUGAGAUGUGUAAACUAUAUGCGGAAAAAUUAUCAAAUAACUACAAGGUGAUUAUGGACAAAAGUGAAGAUAACCAUGUACUGCAAACAAUAUACGUAACAAUGUUAAAUAAGUAUAACCUCUUAUCAAAAGAAGUAUACUUGGAAUUUUUGAGUAAAAUAAGUCAAAUUAAGAGUUGGAAUAGUUGGAGCGGGAAGGAAAUAUCAAUGUUAUGUGACUUGUUUUCAAGGACACGGGAGAAACUAGGUCCACCAGACAACAAGGACAACAAAAGUUAUCAAGCACCGUAUAUGAUAAGAACUUGUUUAAAAUCACUUUUAGACUACUAUAUAUUGCACGGUAAUGUGUACAAGUUAGGAAACAGGGAAUUCAUAUCGUUGAUAAGCUGUAUGAACGCCAUCGAAGACUUCAUUUUUAGUAGUAGCAGUAACAUUGGUAGUUUAAUAAGGGAUGAAAUAUUAAACAGGAUUGAUAGUAUGAAUUUCAAUCAGCUGAUUAAGCUAUUGUUGAAUUUGUCAAAUCACGUAGACGAACAGCUGAGAGGAGAGGUACUGAAAAAAAUGGAAAACUUAGAUUGUAUAUGCGACAUUUCAAAUCUAGUCGAGUUAAAUGAUAAAGAAGUAACCAGCAGAGUGCUAGCAAGGUAUAAAAUAGAAAUUGUUGAUAAAAGGUAUGUACUGUUUGAAAAGUAUGUGAAAAACAAGUUUUUAAAGCGGUACGGAAAAGUAAAUUACAAUAAGAACUACACAACGGAAGAAAAGUUCACGAUUUUAGCAAAUCAGUUAAUGUAA